CCGGACCGGGAACAAGAAGGAAUAAUAGAGAAGACGAACGACUUUUGGGCAGCAAAGGGGUGAAAAAAAAAACAAGGGAGAGAACCGUUCGGGCAGUCGCCAGUAUACAUCUCAACCAUACAGAGACACAGACAGAAGGAGCGAUGAAGGAACCGUUUGAAAUCAUGACGGAUCAGGAGCACUACAGCCUUCGGUGGAACAACCAUCAGAAUCACAUCCUGCGUGCGUUUGACACGCUCCUGCAGACCAAGACGCUGGUGGACGUGACGUUGGUUUGCGCCGAGACGAGCAUCCGGGCGCACAAGGUGGUCCUGUCGGCGUGUUCGCCCUUUUUCCAGCGCGUGUUCUCCGAAACACCCUGUAAGCAUCCGGUGAUCGUGCUAAAGGACUUCCGCGGAUGGGUCGUACAGGCGAUCGUCGAUUUUAUGUACCGGGGCGAGAUCAGCGUACCACAGGAGCGACUCUCGGUGCUGAUACAGGCCGGGGAAUCGUUACAGGUGCGCGGACUGGUCGAUCAUCCGGUGGCCGGUAAUACACCGACACCAGCGCAGUCUCCGGAGGACUUUAGUUUACUCGAGAGUUCCCUCAUUUCGCCCACGUCACCAUCGUUACCUUCGCCCAACUUCCCGCCGCACUCAACCGGGAACCUACGGCAUCAUCACCAUCAUCAUCAUGCGGCCACCACUACCACCACCACUACCACCAGUACACCGAAGAUGCUUCUACCACCACCGCAAGUGUUUGCGGAUCCCUCGAUCAGUCUACCCAGUGCGGAGCUGUGCACCUCACCGAUGCCCCGGCGAAAGCAGGCACGUCCACGGAGACGCUCGGGGGACUGUGCACCGCAGGAUCUGAGCAGCAAACCGACGACUCCCGUGCCACCGUCACUCGAGGACGAUGAUGAGCGGGAGGGUAAAGCGGAGGAGCACGAGGAGGAUCGUGUGGAAGACAUGAUUGGUGACGAGGAAGACAUUAUGGAGGGGCUAGAAGAAGAAGACGAUGACGACGGCGAGGAAGACGACGAAGACGAGGAGGAAGUGGAGGACGAUCUGAAGCGUAUCCUGUGUCGGAGUCAAUCGGUCGAUGAGAAGCUGGCCGCGAUAGUGGCCAAAGAGGAUCAGCUAAGGGCACAGUCACGGGGUAGUGAUGUGGCGGCGGCGGCGGCGGCGAGUGGCGAUGAACGACGAUCACGAUCACUGCACAAACCAUCCUCGGGAUCGCGCAAAAGCAGCAGCAGCACAUCGUGUAAAGGUGAUCGAAGCCUAUCGAAGGGUGGUGACGUUGAUGCGCUACAGAUGCCAUCGCUAACACCUUCCUCAUCCGCUGGCUCAUCGGUUUCGGAUGGACCCGAGAAUCUGUGCAUGAAAAAGUCCUCCCCGAGUCGCAACAACAACAAUCAACAUCCUGCUGUUGCUCCUGGAGCAGGAUCCUCGAUCGAUGGUCUCACGAACAGUGAGCAUCGUCAUUCACCGGCCGCCGGUGGUGUUCGCAGUUCGAGCCGGGACGGGAGUACACGGUUAGGGGGUGACACGAUGAAGGACGCUUCACCUCUCACGGACCCGGGAUCCGUCAUUGGCCGGGGGUUACUGUCGCUGAAGGACAUUCGACAUUUGAACCGGGCAGCAUUGAACCGUUCGUUGGGUUCGCUUUCACCGCCACCAUCCUUUGCUUCCUCGCUCGCCAACAACAAUAAUCUGCAUCCGGCGCUCGGGCUACUCAGCCAUCACCAUCUCCACCAACACCACCACCACAAUGAGGCGAAGCGUGUCAAGAUGGAGCAUCGGGACGAAGAACGGGCGCUGCUUGCCCAUGACGAUAUGGAACCGCCGCACUUUCUAGACCAUAUGGAUCUUGCCCUCGGAACGCAUCAACAUCCGCUCGCCGGUCAUCCACACCUGUCCGCACACCAUCAUCUGCGGGGCUCGUCGCCACAGCUCCGGCCACCACCGAUAUCGGCAUUGCUCGAAGGUUUAGCUCCCGAAAACAACAACAGCAGCAGCAACAGUGGCGGUAGCGGCAAUAGCAAAAAGAACAACCACAACAACAGCGACGGCGGUGGCAACUUUCUGAACCAUCACCAUCACCACCAUCACCAUGGCAACGCGAACAGCAAGCACCAUCAUCCGCAUCAUGGUCAUGGGCCACCUCAGCACCAUCAUCAUCCACAUUUGCCACAACAGCAACAACAACAACAGCAAUCGACGGCCGCGACCGGGAGUCCCGGUGCGCCACCGAACCAUCUGACCGGUAAUGGGGACGGUCCCGGUGGCCCGUUGUCCGGUAGUGGCAACAGCAACAACAGCAACAACAACGAUUUUCUUCACAGUCCCACCCUGAACUUUCCACCCUUCUUCAACCAUUCGGCCGAUGGACCACCGAGACCGCCACACUCGCCACUGCCCUUUCCGCACAUGCCGUCGGUUUCGUCGUUGACGCUCACCCCGCCACACAUGUUCGGACUAGACUCACCGCUCGGCCUGUUUCCCCCCGGUAUGGAUCCGGGCAAGAUCUACAGUCCGCUGAUGGAAAUGUCGGAUCCGCGCGGCCUGCACCACGAUGGUCCACCGUUUCUCAAGAAGAAAAUGAACCGACCGAAAGGACAACAUUCGGCACCCCGCGGUGGUCCACCACGGUCGUGGACGAAUGCCGAACUGACCGAGGCGCUGCAGCACGUGUGGAACAAAAAGAUGACGACCAGCCAGGCAUCGCGCAUCUUCGGCAUUCCCUACAACUCGCUGCUCAUGUACGUACGGGGCAAGUACGGCAAAAGCUUGAAGUUGGAGCAACUCCGGAAGGACUGUAUUAGUGGGCCACCGAUCGAGCUGCUUCAGAUGGGCGUCAGUAACAGUAGCAAGGAAAAGAAGGAACCCAAGGAUCCGGAUCACCACCAUCAUCAUCAUCAUCCACCUGGCGCACGUGAUGGUGGCUCUGGUGGACCAAAUGGUGGCAACAGUAGUGGCGGUGGUGGUGGAGGAGGACCAGGCGGUGGUGGUCUAGGUGAUCUACGAGGGCCACGGUCGGCCUCAUCCGAACCGGAGCUACUCUCCAGUCCCAAUCCACUGUUCAAUCCAUUCCCGGGUGGCUUCUAUCCGGACUUCCCGAGUGGAUUCCCGGGAUUGCCGCUCAGCAUGCUGAACCUACUGCCACCGGAGCGUCACUCGCAACCGCACUCGCUACCGUUGGCGAUGGACGAGGACUGUAAGAGCGAUCGAUCGAAGCAAUCGCUGGAUGACGAUUACCCGCAGCCACUAGCACUGAACAGGCCGGCAUCGGAGCAGCUGACGGAUAACCGGCGCGAGAUCUACCAACAGAACGGUCAAGACUAA